UUGUACCAUUAGUCUCUCUCUCUCUCUCUCUCUCUCACCUGCAAACAAUGUCGGGAGCAAUAAGCUGUUCGGCCAUAGACCUGUCCUCGUUGCUCGGCCCGAACGGCACAGCAGCGGCCGACUACAUAUGCAGCCAGUUCGGGUCGGUGAACACAAAGUUCACUGACGCGUCCUACGCCAUAGACAACACCUAUCUUCUCUUCUCGUCCUACCUCGUAUUCGCCAUGCAGCUAGGGUUCGCCAUGCUCUGCGCUGGUUCUGUCCGAGCCAAGAACACCAUGAACAUCAUGCUCACUAAUGUCCUUGACGCAGCCGCCGGCGGUCUCUUCUACUACCUCUUCGGCUACGCCUUCGCCUUUGGGUCUCCUUCCAAUGGUUUCAUUGGAAAACACUUCUUCGGCCUCAGGUCUUUCCCCACCUCUUCCGCCGAUUACUCUCAUUUUCUUUACCAAUGGGCUUUCGCCAUCGCUGCCGCCGGAAUCACCAGUGGCUCGAUCGCGGAACGGACUCAGUUCGUCGCGUAUCUUAUCUACUCGUCGUUCUUGACCGGGUUCGUCUACCCAGUUGUGUCCCAUUGGUUCUGGUCCGCGGACGGGUGGGCUAGUCCAAUUAGGUCCAAUGGUGACUUGCUGUUUGGGACCGGAGCCAUCGAUUUUGCUGGCUCAGGUGUCGUACACAUGGUCGGAGGAAUCGCCGGUCUCUGGGGAGCUUUGAUCGAAGGCCCGAGAAUCGGACGGUUCGGAAGCGGAGGCAGCGCCAUCGCCCUCCGUGGCCACUCCGCAUCGCUCGUCGUUCUCGGUACUUUCCUCCUGUGGUUCGGUUGGUACGGAUUCAACCCUGGUUCGUUCCUCAAGAUCCUCAGUCCGUACAACUCCUCCGGUUCAUUCUACGGACAGUGGAGCGCGGUUGGUAGAACCGCGGUCACGACUACUCUCGCCGGCUCCACGGCGGCUCUGACCACUCUGUUCGGGAAGCGUCUCCUCUCAGGCCACUGGAACGUGACCGAUGUCUGCAACGGUCUCCUUGGCGGGUUCGCGGCCAUAACCGCGGGUUGCUCGGUGGUUGAGCCAUGGGCUGCGAUAAUCUGUGGAUUCGUGGCAGCCCUGGUCCUCAUCGGCUGCAACAAGCUGGCCGAGAUGUUGAAAUACGAUGACCCGCUCGAGGCAGCUCAGCUCCACGGCGGGUGCGGAGCCUGGGGCCUGAUCUUCACGGCCCUGUUCGCGACCGAGAAAUACGUGGAGGAGGUGUAUCCGGGAAAGCCGGGGCGGCCGUACGGUCUGUUCAUGGGAGGAGGAGGGAGGUUGCUUGGAGCGCAAGUAAUACAGAUCCUGGUGAUAGUCGGAUGGGUAAGCGCCACGAUGGGGACGCUGUUUUACGUGUUGCGAAAGUUAGGGCUGCUGAGGAUAUCGGCGGAGGACGAGAUGCAGGGGAUGGACAUGACGAGGCAUGGAGGGUUUGCUUACAUGUAUUCUGAUCAUGAUGGAGAUGUGUCUCCUAAGGCGAUUCAACUGAGGAAAGUUGAACCUGCUUCCACAUCUCCCGACACUCCGGUCUGAUUUUCUAGAUUCUGUUUUUCGUUUUUUUAAAUGUUUUGGCCACUUUUUUUUGUUUGUUUGGGGAAAUAUGUAAUUUAUAGAUUCUGUUUUUCGUUUUUUUUUUAUAAAUGUUUUGGGCACUUUUUUUUGUUUGGGGAAGAUCUGUAAUUUAUAGAUUGUGUAGUGGUCUUUAUGUGUUGAAAAAUGUUGUCUCUCUUGUUUCAAUUUCGUAAAUGAAUAAUUGAAAAGCAAAUA